UUAAAGACCCAAAAUUAAUAAUUUCUGUCCAUGUUAUUCCUUCUUCUCCAGGUACUGUCGCUGAUUAAGUCUGAGUGGCGCGAGUAUUUCCAACUCUGCGCGGACAGUGAUGUUCGGAGACUGGCUGGAGUGCAUCAAUGCAACUUCCUCUUUGGCACACAGCAUGGCAAUCGCAUGAACACUUCAAACAGGCAUAAUGGGGUUCUGAAGGAUCUCCAUGGUGCCCUUCAUGAUGCUUCCACGCUGAGACCCCGAUAUUUGAGAACAACCCUGGCAACCAAUUUGGGGACAUUAAAUCUCUCGCAUGCAGCAAAGAAAAUGCUCUGUCUCUUGAUGGGCCACGAAAUGAACGUGCAUGAUAGAUACUACGAGCUUCCCACAGGUCUAGGAUUCGGGCUGAUGAUGGGGCGCGCCCUAGAACUCUUUGAGGGUGGCGUUGAAAACCUCAGAAAGCACAAAGGGAAGACACUGGAAGAGGCUGUUGAAAUGGAAGCGCCUCUCUUUGAGAAGGAGCCAGAGGAGCCUGAAAUCGACCUUGAAGUCUUGAUGGAGAUGGAGAGGCCGAAGCGGUCAGCCCGGAGAGGAGAUGCACCUGUGCGAGGAAGACAGAUGCAAAAAGUCGCUGACAGUGGACCUCAGGAAGCUGUCCAGGGCGUUGGUGAAGGAAUUCGUGGAAAAAAGAAUUCCCAGAGGAAGCGUGACUCAUCAAGCUCCUCAUGCUCCUCCACUGUUAGCAAGAAUUCCGGGUUGAGUGCCCUCCUGAGUGACCUUGAUGACAUGCAGCCACACAAUACUACCAGGACUAAGAGUAGCAGGGCUACUCCAUCGACAUCCAAGGCUCUGAGCGGUGCAUCCAAGAAAAAGCUGGUCUCUGGAAGAGCACCUCCCAGCACGUCAGGGGGCCUGAGCAAGCAGGCAAAUAGAAAGCAAGGGAAACAGGCAGCUAAGAGUUGUCCUAAGAAGAGAGGUGCUGCCCCCAAAAGAGCGAGAAAGAGUAGCUCGAGUACUAGCAGCAGCAGCAGCAGCAGCAGCAGCAGCGACUCUGAGACAAGCGAGCUCCAGAGUGGACCUGAUGUAAUGCUGCCAGUCACUACUACCAACAGAAGAUUGACACGGGCUGAUCCAUCCACAUCCAAGGCCAAGAACAGACCAGCUACUUCUGCAUCCCUGAAAAAGCAGGUAUCUGGAGGUGCACCUCCAGAAACAUCAGGGAAGGUCAACAAGCAGGCCAAUAAUAACCAAGGAGGGAAGGCAGGCAAGAUAGCUCCCAGAGUGGAAAAUGACAAUGCUCAAGAGCCACCCGUAAAAAGGAAGAGGGGCAGACCACCCAAGACAAAUGUGAGCAACCCAGGAAAAGUUUGAGCAAAGCGUGUGCCUGCAGUAAAGGAUUACACAUGACAGAGCCAUUUCAAACAUAUCAACCAUUUGAUUGGCCGUUUUCUUUUUUGGUUUUUCUUUUUUCUUUGAAAAUCUUCGCUAAGAUGCUGCGCAAUUGUGGGGUUUAGUAAAUUAAAUGCAAAAAAGUUAAAAAGCUAAAUAAUUUAUUUCAAGAUUUUAUUUGAGUAACAACUAGUAUCAAAUAAAAUGGGACUUUGGAGUAGGAAUUUAUUGUAAUACAAAUAUACUUGUGCUGGAUGAGCCAGUGAAAGUACCUAAAUUCAAAAUCAGAUUCCAAUCCAAAAUUUAUUCAUAACAUAUUACAACUGUUAAGUCGGGCUGCCAAGCUGGAGAAACUUGCUCCUAGCUUGCGUAAGGAAAGGCCUCAGAUAAUCACGUGUUAAUCUUUCUCCUCCAAACUGUAAAACCCUCAAAGCAUUGGCAGGUCCGCAAUUACCCUUUGCAAGCCUUUCUCCAUAUUUGUUGAGCUGAUCUAAAAGUAAAAGGCAGUUGAGUGACCGUGGGAAAAUAUUUUUGUUAAAAAAAAAGAUAUAUAUUUAUAUAUUUUAAUAUUUGAAAUAUUUAAAACAUACGGUGCAGAGCGAUUAACAGCGGCUCUGAAAACGCGUGAAGAUCCGAGUUCUGUUUUCUGCCUUCUCUGUCUGUGUUACAAGCAAGGAGAGCUGCUGGGCGGCAGUGUGCCAAAAUCAAGUUAAGGAAAGCAUUUUGCGGAUUACUUCCUUUGUUAAGCGCAUCCUCAACAGCAGCCCGGCUCAAGUAAAACGUGCCUUCCGGAAAGAUGUAUGUGAUGCGCUUGAAAAGUGGCAUGAAUUCAUGGUCAUUAAUAUUUUAUACAGCGAGAACAACACUUACAUCUUCUUCACUUAACUGACUCUCUUCAGUGUACAGAAUCUGUUGGUGCUCUGUGAGGCAACUUCCGAGGUCCCCUGUUGGGAUUUAAUUAAAAAAUAUUGAAUUUAGCAUGAUAUGACGAAAAGCAUCAUACAAAGGCUGUUGACAAUUUCCACCUCUUUGCCCUCAACCUGAUAUAGCUCGAGUUGAGCUAGGCCAAUUGCUUGAUUGACUGCAAUGCACCGCUUUUUCCAGGUGGCUGCUGCAGUCAUUGCCGUACAAGUGCCAGCCCAAAAGUGCGCAGCAGCCAUAACGCCUCCUUUCUUGAAUGAUUCCUUGUCCUUGAAUGAAUAAUUGGAAGGCUCAUUGUUGUCAAUGGACCCCAUUGUUAGACGGCCUCUCUCUUGCUCAGUCAAAGGCUGUACGCCAUCAAGCCAUUGAUUUACCAUUGAGUUCUUAUCCUGGUGUUCUUGGACAGUGUCUUCUUCAAUAAUGUAAAGGCGCGACCAGCUCUGUUCAAGAGCCUUCUGCAGCCCGUCUGGAAUAUUCCUUGGAAUAAAAUGCUAUGAAAUAAAGUUGGUAGUGAAGCUUAUUAAAAGACAACUUAUUUAAGCAAACUUACUAGCCCGGGGUGCAGAUUUUGCUUAGGCCACUUGACAUUCUCUUCAGCUCGCAUCUUCAGUUGCUCAAGGCCGUUCCUAGUUCUUGCAGCACCAAAUUGCUGCAGGAGUUUCAAAUGCGAUUCUAGAAAAGACGAUAAGAUUAUUUCAGUUUUCACUGACGCAGACAAUUUUUCUUUAUUCCUUCAAAACCUACCUGCACAUGCAACUAGGAAAACCUCAAGCUGAACACCACCAACAGUUGCCUGGCCAUGAUACUCAAAGUCGCCUGCGCUUAUCCUCAAGUCCAUGAGGACACCCUUGGACAGGCCAGGAUCAGGAUGGCCCAUGAUAAGGAACCUGGCCCAGCAGUGGUGCUUAAGCCAUGCCGGUUUCUCGUGACUUUCACCUAAAAUGCGUCAUGCACAGGGUUAAUAUUCAAAAUUGUUACUGAAAGUGCUAAAGGCUUCAAUUUAAUAUAUGUAUAUUAACCUCCGUCAGCGCUAAUCACCACACCAGGGACAAAGCGGCCCUCAUCAAAAGCUAUAACAACUUGGCCAAUUGAACAGACUGCACUGGACGCUGGGAACCACUGCAGACUCUGGCUCUCCACUUCCAACUCGACUCCAGUGAUCACAUUUUCCAGUAGAAGCUUCAUACUGCGAUGAUUGUAAUGUUCAAAUCGAAACAAACUGAAGGCAACAGUCGCCUUGAAGUAAAUAUGUGGCGGCAAAAUCUGAAACGAGGCGUUGCAACAAAAAAUUUUAAUCUUUAAGUGCGCGUGCAGCGCCCCAAAAUAGAAGAAAACCAGAACGACGCCAGAAAGGUUGUAAGUAAACAACAAUGAAUGCAUAAUACUUGAUUUAAUAAUAGAAAAAGCAGGAAAUUUCGCGGGAUGUCAACUUCACAAAAAGACUUUAGUGUGUUCAUCCCAGGUAGCGCAGAUUUGUCACCAGAAACUUUGGAAGAAUUCGUGCUCCACAAUGAAUCCAAAUAUGUUGAGGCCUGCCAAGAUGAAAUAUCAGCCCGCAGCAAACUAAUUUCCGAUGUUGAAAAAUUGGAAAAAUUGAACAAUAGAAUUGAAUGGGUCAGGUCAAAGGUUAAAAAUUUGACAGCAGAGAAGGACAGCCUGUUGGAAUCAGCAUGGAAGGCACAGCUUGUCCACCAUUCAGAGGUUUCAAUUGCAAGCGGGUUGGUGGACAGCUUCUAUGCUGACAACAUGCUAGUUUUCAUUGACAUGGGCCUCGUUGUGCAAGCUGCCGAAACUUCACAGACCCCAUCCCAGGCUAUUAAAAAGAUCAUACUUGGCCACUUCACAGAAGAUGCUAUCAUGAACACCACAGUUGUUGGCUGCGAUGGAUUGAUGUCACUCUUCCCCGCGCUAGUGCAGACUUUAAUAAGUACUCUGCAGCAAGAAGACCUUUGCCUGAGAUUUGGUCCGGAAAAAUGCAGCAGACAUGCAAUGAUAACUGCCAUCAGAUCAUUGAAGAGCAAUCUCCGCCGCAAACUGAUAGGCAAAUCAGGAAAAAACAAACGCAGGAAGUAAACAGCUCUGAUAAGAAUGGCACUGGUCACAUAUUUUAUUUAAUAAUGUUUCCAAACUGGGGUUUGACUUUCUAAAAAUUUUUAAGAAGGGGAACUUUUGACAAUUGUUGAUUUCACAAACGCUUUCAAAACACCCCGGGUUGAACUCUACUGUGAAGAAGGGUAGCCAUUAGUGCUUGUUGAGGAUCCCUGACUUGGCCAUCCUGCAGUAAUUCAUUGCUGAAACGAGAAACCAAUGCACUCUGCCAGUAGGGGUGGCACAGCAUUUCCAAUCUGAAAAAAUAGAUUAGAUCUUUAAAUACGCACAGUGGAUAAAUGCACUUGCCAGCCUCUGAAUUGCCCUUGGGGUGCCUCUGAAGACAAAGUUGUCUGGAAAUGACUGGGCGCGAGCGAUUUCCCUCAGCGUAAUGGUCCGGUCAACUUGUGGGUGAAUUAGGGUUCCACUCUUUGAUGCCAAAUUUUG